AUGAUCGAAAAGCCACGUACUUGUGGGGGAGGAUGCUGUUCUUCCACCGCAGCCGAUAAGCCUGUCUUGGAAUCGGAGGCAAGCUCUCCAGCGCUGCCGAUGUCAACGUCGAGGGGUAGUAGCAGCGACGAUACGAAAGAUGCAUGCCCCACUAUCGAGUUCCAGCCGAUGGCCACCCCAAAUCAUGAUGACCGACUUGUUGUCCAGAAGCCCGAAAAGAGUGGCUGCAGAGCGACAUGCUGCAGCGGAAAGACAGACGAUAGCGAAAAGGUGCCUCCUAAACCGAUGCAGACCGCCCCGAUCCUUCCUGUCCGCGGUCCUUCGGUCAACUACGACAGCAGCGCAAGUCCUGGUCCCUCGUCGUGCCAGGCCACCAUUUGCGACGACGACAAGUGCGGCCACGACCUCGCUCCCAAGCAGGAACCCAAUGGCAAGUACUACCCCGCCCUCGGUCGUCGACAACUGGUGUUUGGUAUCCAGGGCAUGGACUGUCCGGGUUGUUCCCCGCGAGUAGUGCGCGCCCUCGUCGAGUUCCCGAGCGUGGCCGACUGCCACGUCGAUGUGUUCGCCGGGCGCGCUACGGUGACGUACCACCCUGAUCGAGCCAACCCGGACGACAUGGCCCGGCGCGUAGUCGCGAUGACUGGGUUCCAAUGUCACGUCGAGGACGAUCAGGUCCUCGGAAUAAAAAUGCGGCGAAUGAAUGUUCAGUUGGGUCGGCCCCUGGGCGACGACGGUCUUUUAAAGCUCGAGGGUGUCAAUGUGCUUGAGGAAAAGGCGUCCGGUCGUAUCGAGCUAGAGUAUGAAAGGGGGAUGAAUCCUCGGGAUGUUCUCGCGUUGUUUGCGCCCUGGGAUGGGGUGUAUGUCCCUCCUUCCAACGAGUCCAGCGUCGAUUCGGCGCAAAAAGAGGUCGUUCGUCUGUUGUACCUGACCUUGUUCUCGGCCGUCUUGACUCUUCCUGUUCUGGUCCUGGCAUGGGCCCCGUUGCCACCUCGUCCAACUGCCUAUGGCGCGGUCUCACUAGCCAUGACGACGGUCAUCCAAAUUGCCAUCGCUCGUCCCAUCUACGUUUCAGGUAUCCGUGCGCUCCUAUUCCAGUACACAAUCGAUAUGGAUUUGCUGGUGUCCCUGAGUAUGGGGACCGCAUAUGUGUUCUCCACGGUGGCAUACGCCUGUGCUGUCGCCGGUAAACCCAUCCAAGACGGAGAAAGCUACUUUGAGACGGCGGCGCUGCUCGUGACGCUCGUGAUGCUGGGGAGACUCAUCGCCGCAUACGCCCGUCGGAGGUCCACAAACGCGGUUUCCCGAUUAGGAUCGAUGCAAGCCAGCAAAGCAACACUAGUAGAAACAUCCAACGGCCAGGUCCUAACUCGAAUCAUUCCAGUCGAGCUGCUCCAUGUGGGCGAUAUCGUUCGUAUCGCACCGGGGGAACUUAUACCCACCGACGGGAAGAUUAUCAGGGGAGAAGGGUUGGUAGACGAAAGCGCAAUCACGGGCGAAAGCGUGCCGGUUUUAAAAUCCCCAGCGACCGCGCAGGUACUCAUGAUGUGUGGGACCACCCUCGUCUCAAUCCCUGCCGAGCCGUUACACAUUGAUAUGCGUGUAACGGUAGCUCCUGAUGCUAAUACUGUGGCCCGCAUGGCCGAGCUUAUGCAAGGCGCUCAGAGCGCACGGUUACGCGUCCAGGAUAAAACGGACCGCGUGGCCGGAUGGCUCGCUCCGGCUGCUCUUACGAUUGCGAUUGUUGCGUUUGUCGGGUGGACUGGUGUCGGUGUCAGGCAUGCUUACAAACUCGACGGCCAUGAGCGCUCGGGUCAAAUUCAAAAAGCCAUAGUCGAUGCUAUUGGAUAUGCGGUGGCGAUUCUAGUUGUCUCUUGUCCUUGCGCGUUGGCCCUAUGUGUGCCUAUGGUGGCGGUCAUUGCCGUCGCAGUGGGUACUCGCCGUGGUGUAUUAAUCAAGUCCAUCGAGGCUCUAGAGGACGCAUGUGACGUCAAAGUGGUCGUAUUUGACAAAACGGGCACACUCACCCAAGGCAAACUCGGGAUCGAAACCGCCACUUACUAUUGCCAAAGUAAUCACAUCCCAUGGGUCGGGUCCGAGCAAGAGAUCCAGCAACUCGUCUACGAAUUGACCGAAGCGUCCACUCAUCCCGUCGCCGUCGCCAUCCAUGGAUCCCUUUCGGCCACUUGCACUUUAACUGGAUCGCCGUUGAUUAAAUCUUCCAAUGUCCGGUCUGUACCGGGUAAAGGCCUCGAAGUAACUCUUGAUGGGUAUGUUAUUCGAGGAGGUAAUGCGGCUUGGGCAGCUGGUGGCGGUACAGUUCCUUCGAGCUUGAAAGAUAAUACCGUUUUCAUGGUCUCGAUCUCGCCAAACACACCCCACCCUGAAUUCACCACCAUCGCCUACUACACACUCUCAGAUUCCCUCCGUCCCGACAGCAUAAAAACAAUCCGACAGCUCACCGCCCGCGGUAUCGAUGUACACAUUCUAAGCGGCGACGCACCAGGCGUGGUCAGUCGCACGGCCGCAGCCCUCGGUAUUCCCGAUGCCCAAGCCCGCGGCGGGUGUUUACCGGAAGAAAAAGCACAAUGGGUCAAGUUUUUUCAGACGGGAGGGAUGAACGAUGGUGGUGAAUGCGGUACCUCGGACUCGGACAUUAAAUGCUGUAGCUCCGUUGACGUUCCCAAUACCACCAUCCACAAUCACGACCACGACCACGAUCACGAUCACGGCCACGACAACCAUGCCCACACUCGAAAGCGUUCCUCGGCAGAUAUGAAAAGACGUAAAGUCAUGUUCGUCGGAGACGGGACAAACGAUGCUCUCGCCCUCGUCCAAUCCGACAUAUCCGUAUCCCUCGGAACAGGAACAGACAUCGCAUCCAAUAGCGCAACCGUCGUUCUUCUCUCCCCUCUCUCAACAGGGCUGACCACCUUAUUCGCCAUCGCGCGCGCAUCUCGUCGUCGAGUACGGACCAACAUGACCUGGGCGCUCGUAUAUAAUGUUGUCGCUGUUUUGUUUGCGAGUGGGGUCCUGGGGCGGGGGAUGAGGAUUCCGCCUCAGUGGGCUGGGUUGGGGGAACUGGUCAGUGUGUUGCCUGUUGUGCUUGUUGCGUGGAGUUUGGGGUUGGUGAGGUGGUGA